AUGGCGCUGCUCCUGCAGCUGCAGGGUGCCCUGCUGCUGGUGGUGCGCUACUUUGCCGACAUGCUGCACCUGACCCAGCUGUACGAGCUGGCGUUUGGGGCCUUCAUGCGAUACUUCGUGGAGCGGGACCUGGUGCCGGACUUUUUGCUGCGCCGCGGCAUUCGGCUGCUGCUGCGCAAGCGCCUGGCCGAGACGCUCGAGGAGCAGGUGCAGCACAAGGUGCGCUUUGUGGAGGAGCUCAAGGUGCUCCCAGUGGCAGUGCAGACGGCAGCAGCCAACGAGCAGCACUACGAGCUGCCCACCGAGUACUUCACCGCCGUCCUGGGCACCCACCGCAAAUACAGCAGCUGCCUGUACAACAGCCCACGCGACAGCCUGGACAAGGCGGAGGCCAACAUGCUAGCCCUCUACUGCGUGCGCGCCGGUCUGCGAGAGGGCCAAGAUAUUCUGGAGCUCGGCUGCGGCUGGGGCAGCCUCAGCCUGUUCGUGGCGCGCGCGUUCCCCGGCAGCAGGGUGACUGCCGUGUCCAACAGCCGCACCCAGCGCGAGUACAUACUGCAGCGCGCCCAGGAGUUGGACGUGCGGAACCUGCAGGUCAUCACCGCAGACAUGGUGGAAUUCCAGGCCACUGCGCAGUAUGACCGCAUCGUCAGCAUCGAGAUGUUCGAGCACAUGAAGAACUACCAGGAGCUGCUGAGGCGCUGCAGCACGUGGCUGAGGCCGGGCGGGCAGCUGUUUGUGCACAUCUUCUGCCACAAGACAAACCCCUACCACUUUGAGGUCCGCAGCGAGGACGACUGGAUGGCCAAGUACUUCUUCAGCGGCGGCACCAUGCCCUCCCUCGACCUGCUGCUGCACUUCCAGCGCCACCUGGCGAUCAGCGGCCUCUGGUACGUCAGCGGGACGCACUACAGCCGCACCCUCGAGGCGUGGCUGGUCAACCACGACAAGGAGCGGCGCUACGUGAUGGGCCUGUUCGAGCGCACCUACGGCCGCGCGGCGGCGCUCAAGUGGUUUGUGUACUGGCGGCUGUUCUACCUGGCCUGCUCGGAGCUCUUCAACUUUAACGGCGGCGAGGAGUGGGGCGUGGGGCACUACCUGUUCACCAAGCCGCAGGGUCCAGAGGCCGCAGCAGUCUCCUCCCCUCGGCGGCGCGCCGCAGCAGGCGCCGGCGCGAACGGCGCCGGCGGCGGCGCCAGCGGCAGCGUCAAGGCAGCUGUCGCGGCGGCCGAGGCGGGCGCGGCGCAGGCCCCCGCCGCCGCCGCCGCGUCCAGGCGCGCCGCGGCCAAGUGA